UUUUGUUUCAGCAUUCUUAAUUUUCUAGCUUUGAUGGUUUCUUUAUAAACUUCGAGGUUGAAAUUGGUCGUUUGAAGCGUCUCAAAGGCCUAUUGAAGCAUUAAUUGGCUUUUCCGGAGCUAAGGAAUCUGCAUUUUUUGCCAAAAAGCAGCAAGCUCCCUUGGUCGACGCAACACAACUGAUUCGAUAAUUCCCCAACACUAUUAACGAGUUGCUUUGGCAUGCUUGAGAGAGCAACAACAUGCCCGCGUUCAGGAGGACGAAACCUUCUACGCAUUUCUUCCGCACCAGUGCGCACCCGGCGAUCUCUGCAUGUCGCCUUCUGGAACCAUGGCGGCCACGAUCUUGAUCCGUUCCAGUGCAACGCGUCUCCAGCCUCGCAAUCCGAGCCAAAAUCAGUAGGGCAGAAUGGGACGGGAAAACCAAAUAGCAGGGGCAACGGGCCAGCAAAUUUGCCUGAUGCGCCAACACUAGACUUUUUGUAUCCUGCGAAAACACUUGCGACCCUCCGGCGGAUAUCGGUGGCAAAGAGCGCCUCAUGGGGUACCUGCCGAGAGACUGAACGCAUCGGAAAGGGUUUGCGUACAUAUUCAUCAGCAGCCGCUGAAGUUACAGUGGAUAGCAUUUCUAACGCGCAGACGGCCUUCCACCUUUCGGUUCCGCCUUCCAAGCCAGCACAUACCUCCGCCCCUAAUGCGAAAUAUAUUGCAGAGCUGAGAAGGCUACUAGAUCACCCUCGAAGAAAUGAUUAUGAGAGAGCUUGGAAUCUCUGGCGUCAGGGGCAUUUGGAGAUUGAAAGUCUCGAUCUGACUGCACGCGUUCUUACUUAUCUCACCACUUCUGAAAGACCCGUGGACCUGAAAAGGGCUUUCCAUCUAUACAAUAUAUUACCUUCCGAAAAGGACGCCCAAUCGUACAGGGACGGCAUUGUUCUAUACCUCAAAGCCAAGAAUUUCCUAAAGGCCCUGGGAGUUCAUCGAGAAGCGGUGGAGCAAUUGAAGGGAUCUGGAAACUUUGGAACACACAUUAUUAUGGUUCGGGCCAUCAAUGUUGGCAAUUGGAGGUUGGCUCUUGAGACUUGGGAGGGAUUUAAACGAGUCCAGGGGCGAUCUUUGGAAGCUGGGCAGCCUGGGCCAUCCACUUAUGAUCUCUGGCGAUUGGUCAUUGGGUCGGACGGUUUCCUGCAGAGAGCUGUCUCCUUGGCUGAGUUUGUCAAGUCUCAGCAGGGUAAUGAUGAUUAUGAGAGGUGGAAAUCUUUUGCCAUAGAGCUCAUCAAUUACACUCUUUCCGCCCGGAAAUUCAACCCCCUUCAUGGACGGAUUUACCGUUUCGCCUCGGAUGUGUCGGACAACACGCCACGCCAGCAGUCUACCGAUCUAUUCACCGCAUCACAGGACGUAGUCAAGUACAGGCAGAACGUGAACAACCAGUUCAACAGCUACAAUUUUCACCAGCAAGUGAUAAAGAGUCGACCACCAACAAGACCGCGUCGCCGGAUCAUGCAAGAGGCGCCACGAACUGAUCCUGUUGCCCGCUUCGCUUAUCGCCUAGCAGACAUCUUGUUGGAAUUUGGAGCUAUGAAAGAAGAGCAGUUUGCGGAUGCUAUACAGAUAUUCCAGCAGAGAAGAAACAUCCCUCUUGUUUUUUCGCUCUACAAUAAGGUUCGAAAGGAAGAAGGGUUCUCCCUCUCUCAUCGGAUUCUUUUCGAAAUAUUGAGAAACGCCAUUUCCGUGCACUCAGUAUCUGACAUUGAGACGCUCCUUGCGGACUGGUAUAAAUUCCACGGUCGUCCACCGGUGCUUGCCUUUCAAGCAGCGAUGACCGAGCUUGCAGCACAUGGGCACGCCGAAAAGGUUCACAGCCUCUUCGACGAACUUCGCUCAAUCCACCCAGCCGAAGAGAUUGAUUUCAUGAACGUCUUACCAAGUCUGCUGUACGUGCAUGCUAGAAGAGCAGAGGUUGGUGAAACGGUCCGUCAAUUUGAACGUAUCUACAAAGAGUUCAAACUUCAUCAAAACCUGCGUUGCUGGAAUAUUCUCAUCUAUGCUCAUACGAGAGUUGGUGAUCUGGAGGGCGCUCUUAAGCAUUUUAGCAACCUCCUUUCAACUCGUUUACCGGUCGAUGAAUUCAGCUUUGGUACUAUUAUGGGCAUAUGCGCUAAUCGGGGCGAUGUUGACAACGUUCGAUCACUUAUCACCACCGCUUCCUCCAGAGGUAUCACCAGGUCAACCACCAUGAUGAACUGCCUUGUGCUGGCCUAUGUCAAGUCUGGCAAUAUUAAAUAUGCGGAGCUGCUCUUGCACAAGCUUCGCAAAAGCACUCUCCGUGGUUCUAGGACCCGAAUGUGGAACUACGUCAUUGUUGGCUGGGCUCAACAACGCAAUAUCAUGGCAGCUCAGCGAGUCUUUCGCGGGAUGCGAAUGUUCCAUGUUCGGCAGGAUGAAUGGACCUACGCCGCCAUGAUGCAGCUGUGGGCCAUAUGCCAAAGGCCGGAUGAUGCCUGGAAGAUGCUUCGAGUUGGAAUGCCUCGUCAGAAACUCCGACCUACAGCGCAGCACUACGCCAUUGUCAUGGGCGGCUACCUUGCCUGUCGGCAAUCAGACAAGGUCUUUAACGUCUACAGACACAUGCUCGCUCACGACAUCAAACCGAAUUUCGCCACUCAGGUCCUUAUCCUCAAGGCUUCCGCCAACGCCAAGCAAUCUGGCGAAUCGUCGCGGCGUAUCAGCCAAACGGACAUGGGCCUCGCACAGGCUGAAGAAAUUCUCGACCGAAUGAUGCGCACUACGGACCCGUCUGAGAUUGCUGCCCAAGAGCCACGCAAGUCCAUAUCGAACCAGCCCUUGGACCAAGCGUACCCCGCCGCCUAUUUCGACUUUUUGAUAUUUACUCUCGGUCAGCGCGGCGCUUUUGGCAAGGUCCAGAAACUCUACAACGACUACCUCACACUCGCAAAGACUACCCAUCCUGACAAGCCGGUGGAACCGCCAAUCAAGCUGCUCAGUGCGUUAAUGGUCACCAACCUCCGACAAGGCAAAUACGACGAGCUCACGCGCUGCUGGAACUUUGCCGUGCAGCAAGCGAAGCGGCAAGCACGCGGCCUCAGCGACCCAGAUACAUCGCAACCUGGCUGGGUGCUCAAGUCUCAACGCUACUUGCUCCUCCCGCCGUUUCCGUAUCUCGUCAAAGGCCUCGCCGCAGCAGGUCAAUGUGACAAGCUCAUUGCUACUGUCCGCGAAAUGCUCGCCGCCGGAUUCGACCUCAACAAUCGCAACUGGAAUCUCUACGUCCAGACUCUCGCGCAAAAUAACCACGGCGUAGAAGCCUUCCAGAUCUGCGAAGCCAAACUCAUGCAGAAAUGGCGCGGUUGGGGCCGUCAUAACAAGCGCUAUCGCCGUAUCUACCUCCUCGGCGCAGAGAACAAGCCUCCCAGUAACAAGCGCGCCAUCACUGAUAUCCUCGUCACAUAUAAGACCCUGGUCGUGCUUGCGUCCUUUUUGGUCCAACUUCGGUCUCAAGGCCCCUCAAAGGAACGUGCAACUACCUUGGAGUCCAUCCGCAGUGUGGCCCCUCGCACCUUGGACGCCGUCCAGCGCAUGCCCAAGACCGAAGACGAAUUCCAGAUUGAACUCUUACGACAAGAGUGAUUUUGUCUCGAGGCGCUUUAUUUCGCCGGGCCAAUCAAUUUUAUCUGAUUUCCAUCCAAGGGUCUAUCUAGCUGGGGAAUAUACUCUUCUUCUUUGUUUUACUACUUCCC